CCUGCUGCCCCUGGAAUAAGCCCCUUUGCAAGAUGAAGCUGCCCAGUGCCCCUCAGAACCUUCCAGAAGCUGGCAGUUGGAGGCCAUCAGGAUGGGACAGGUGAGGGCUCAGGUCCACUGGCAGUUGGUCCAUGACCCACAGGGUUCUGGUGAGGAAAUAAAAGUUCCAGAAUAACUCUGUUGCCCAGCUGCUCCUGCCUCCUGUGGGACCUUCUGGGAAGAAGGCAGGAUGUAAGGAUGGCUUUUCGAGUUGCAGCCCUCCCGCUUCCUGAGGCCUCCUAGCCUUCUAGCCCCACUUCCCUGCCGAACCCUAAGUCCCCAUCAGCCCUGGCCUAGCAUCCAGCUCUGGGCAGCCACGGGGACACUAGGCCCAGCGUCAAAGCUGCAGGGGGGACAGCUGGUGAAGCCAUGUCAGAGUUAGCUGACAGCUCCCUGUCAGGGGUUUCGCCCCACUCUCAGCGGAGCACCGUCUCGCUGGAGGACCUGGAGCUCCUCCUGGCCGAAGGCCUGACCAGCCCUGAGCCCUUGAGUCAGGAGAACUCAGAGUCCAGCCACCUGGCGUCCAAUGCCUGUGUCCCCGAGCCAAGCACCUCCAAGCGCUGGGAGAAGCUGGAGCAGUGGGUGGGUGACCUGCAGGCUGAGGUGGCGUGCCUGCGCGGACAUAAGGAGCGCUGUGAGCACGCCACUCUGAGCCUGCUGCGGGAGCUGCUGCAGAUGCGGGCCCACAUGCAGCUGCAGGCCUCAGAGCUCCGGCAGCUGCGGCAGGAAAUGCAGCAGGUGGCUCAGGCCCCUGAGAAGGAGGCAUUGGAGUUCCCUGGACCCCAGAACCAGAAUCAGAUGCAGGCUCUGGACAAAAGGCUGGUGGAGGUCCGGGAAGCCUUGUCCCAGGUCAGGAGGAGGCAGGCCCUGCAGGACGUGCAGCGGAAGGGUGCCCAGCAAGAGGCCAACCUCAGGCUGACUAAGCUGACCGGCUUGCUGAAGCAGGAGGAGCAAGGCCGGGAGGCGGCCUGCAGUGCACUGCACAAGAGCCAAGAGGAUGCCAGCCAGAGGGUGGACCACGAGGUAGCCAAGAUGCAGGCCCAGGUGACCAAGUUAGGCGAGGAGGUGAGCCUCCGUUUCCUGAAGAGGGAGGCCAAGCUGUGCAGCUUCCUUCAGAAGAGCUUCCUGGCCCUGGAACAGAGAAUGAAGGCCUCUGAGAGCACACGGCUGCAGGCCGAGGGCAGCCUGCGGGAGGAGCUGGAGGGUCGCUGGCAGAGGCUGCAGGAGCUGACAGAGGAGCGGAUGCAGGCCCUGGGGGCUCAGCGCCAGGAGGAGGAGGGCCACUUGCUGGAGCAAUGUCGGGGCCUGGACGCGGCCGUGGUCCAGCUGACAAAGUUCGUACGGCAGAACCAGGUGUCAGUGAACCGCAUCCUGCUGGCUGAGCAGAAGGCCCGGGAUACCAAGGUGUGCCUGGAGGAGAGCCAGGCUGGGGAACUGGCCUCCUUCGUGCAAGAGAACCUGGAGGCCGUGCAGCUGGCUGGCGAGCUGACCCGGCAGGAGAUGCAGGGUGCUCUGGAGCUGCUCCAAGAGAAGAGUCAGGUCCUAGAGGGUUCAGUGGCGCAGCUGGCCAGGCAAUUGAAGGACCUGAGUGACCACUGUCUGGCUGUGAGCUGGAGGCUGGACCUUCAGGAACAGACAUUGGGCCUGAAACUAUCUGAGGUGAAGACUGAGUGGGAGGGUGUGGAGAGGAAGUCCCUGGAAGACCUGGCCCGGUGGCAGAAGACAGUCUCAACUCACCUGCGGGAGGUGCAGGAGAAGGUGGACGGCCUCCCGCGGCAGAUAGAAGGCGUCUCAGACAAGUGUAUCUUCCACAAGAGCGACACAGACCUGAAGAUCUCAGCCGAGGGCAGGGUCAGAGAGUUCGAAGUUGGUGCCAUGAGGCAGGAGCUGGCUACCCUGUUGUCCUCUAUGCAGCUGCUCAAGGAGGAGAGCCCUGGGAGGAAGAUCGCUGAGAUCCAGGGACAGCUGGCCACGUUUCAGAAGCAAAUGAUAAAACUGGAGAGCAGCAUGCAGGCCCACAAGACCAUCCAGAACCUUAAGUUCAACACAGAGACCAAGCUGCGCACAGAGGAGAUUGCAACCCUGCGGGAGAGUGUGCUGCGCCUCUGGAGUGAGGAGGGCCCUUGGCCAUUGACACUGGGCAGCAGGCGGGUUCUCAUGUCCCUGGUGAGGCAGCGGUUCUUCAUCAAGGACGUGGCUCCUGGAGAGCUGGUCUCCGUGAACUGCUGGGGCGUGUAUCAGACUGUGAGGUGGCUGCAGUGGAAGACCGUCCUCAUGAACCUGGUGGUCCGGCAGAGGCAAGGCGUAGUCUUGAAGACAUCCUACCAGUAGCCUGCACCCCAGCACACGUCCUUGUCCCUUUCCCAGAAAUAAAUGUGCUAGCUCUUGUACCAUGUGGGGCCAUUACUCCCUGAUACCUGCCAGUGAAAUCCUCCCCAAGGGCCUGUGUGACUGACACACAGGUUGGGCAGUGGGAAGGACCAAGACCAGGAGACCAAAUUCCCCAAUCCCUAGGGUCCUUCCUGUCCUGCCCAAUCUCUCCCCCGCAACUCAGGAGCCCCACAUCCCCAGGAGAAAGGGUCUUGGCCUGUCCAGAGGCACCUAGGCCUACUGCUGCCAGGACCUAUGUGAACCCCCCAGCAGGAAUGAAGACACUGGGGCUGCAGGCUUGUGGCUGACCACCUCAGGCUGGGCCCAGCCCUGCCAGCUGACCUGUCAUCCAGAGUGCUGCCCGAGGAAGCCACUUCUCAGCACUCAUCCAGGGAAUAAACACCCAUGUUUACUCAA